AUGAUGAAUUGCAUUUCAUUGUUUUUUCCAGCUCUUCGUAUUUUCCGUCACAUUGGAGAUGUAUCGAUGGGUUUGGCUUUGGAAUCGAUUGUUCCGAUUGAAGAGAAGACAUUACUAGCUGCUCAUGUGGCGAUGUUGCUUGGUAGAUAUGACCAAGCAGAACAACUUUUUUUGAAGACCUCUUUCCCACUUGAGGCGUUGGCGGUUAGUGCAUUGAUGCGUCGCGACCUUCUGGAUUGGCCAAAAGCAUUAGCCCUUGCUGAACAAUUUUCACCUAAAGAGAUUCCGUUUAUCUCUCGAGAAUAUGCGCAGCAGUUGGAGUUCAUGGGUGACUAUCCAAGUGCUUUAGCUCACUACGAGAAUGGCAUUAUUGAAAAUCCUGAUGAGGAGACGGAGCAGAUUCUCGAACAUAAUGAGAUAUGUCAGUCAGGUUUAGCCAGAAUGAGUGUACGAACUGGAGAUGUUAGAAAAGGUAUUCGGUUAGCUCGCGAUUUGCAUGGCCGGGCCGUGAAGCGCGAUUGCGCGCUUAUUCUUGAGCAGUUGAAGCAGUACGGCGAAGCUGCAGAUCUCUAUGAACUUGGUCAAUUCUACGACCGAGCGGCAGCAGUGUGUCUAAAGGCGAAAGCAUGGGGAAAAGUUAGCGAGCUUCUACCAAAAGUGCGAUCACCCAAAAUACAUGCACAAUAUGGAAAAGUCAUGGAAGCUGAGAAACGGUACAAAGAAGCGGCCAUUGCGUACCGAAACGCUCGUGACUAUGACAAUCUCGUUCGCAUACUGUUAGAUCACUUAAACAUGGCUGAAGAGGCAGUCAAAGUUGUUCGUGAAAGCCGAAGUGUAGAAGGGGCAAAGUUAGUUGCCAAGUUUUUUUCCCGUUUGGGCGAUCAUGCGUCUGCGAUUCGUUUUUUGGUGCUUAGUAACUGCCAUCAAGAAGCAUUCCAACUCGCUGAAACUACAGAUCACAUGAUUGACUAUGCUGAUUCGGUGGAAAAUGACGGUGCUACACAGGAGCAGUUCGCUAACUUAGCAGGAUAUUUUUCGAGCUCUGGUGAUGCACACAAUGCUGGGCGAUUCUAUCUCAGAGCAGGACAUUAUCAUGCGGUGAAUUUGUCGAUAAAUUCUUUUAAACGCUGA